UCAAAAAAAAAAAUUUUUUUUCUAGUUAAUCUCUUUGCGACGCCAAGAAAGCAGAGCGAAGCAGCAGCAAACAUGGAAAGCACUCUGUUAUCUCUGUCUCGCUUCAUCCCCUCGCCAAAUAAAGAAGGGGGCAGACUUGUAUUAACCACAAUCCAGAGCUCAUUUUACGGCAAAAUGAUGAGUGGACGCAGUUGUUUUUGGGGAAGGAAUUAUAAUAGUGUCAGUGGUGGCAACAGAAGCAGUCUCGUGAUCUCUGCUGUGCUGGGAAAGAAAAUCAAGAAAGAGACUGUAGUUCCUGAGCCCGAUUACCGAAUUCCUAUUGUUCUUCUUGGUUUUGCUGGAGGUUUAAUCUAUGCAGAUAACCUGUUAGGAGCAGCUCCUGUAGGACUACUUGGGUUGCUCCUAUUAGUCCAGACGACUAGAGUGAGGUUUGUCUUUGAUGAAGAGGCCCUGGAGGUGAAAGUAGGAGAGCAGCUUGAGGAGUCUGGUGAAAAUUUUUUUGUGGGCGGAAAAAAUCGGUGGAAAUACUCAACAUUUGUGAACUGGGAGCUUUGGUGGCCAAAUUUUCCAAUCCUUGUCUAUUUUAAGGAGACGCAAACAAAACCUGAGGGACAAAUCCACUUUUUCCCGGUUAUAUUUAAUGGGAAGCAACUCUAUGAUGUUAUGGUGGAAAGGUGUGGCCCUUCACAAACUAGUUCUCCCAAAGAAUCCUAAGCCCGGAGUUUUCAAGGAAACUAUGAGCCUACCCUGUGUCCUCUGUGAUCACCUAAUAUUACAAGGCCCUGUAAUACUACUAGCUCUUUAGGAAUCUUCCUGUAAAAUUGUGAAAGGUGGAAAUAAUUCAAUAGCAACAUGUAAUUUCACUUUAUGUCACAAUAGAUUUCUUUUUGCCUUCAAGACAUUUGCUGGUAUUUAUUGGAUACCUAGGCUUCAAAUUGAGUCUACCUUUUAGGCUUAUUUUCUGCUUUGGAACCAUGUUAUUCAUAAAAAGCUUAUCGAGAUUGUUGAACUUGAUAGCUAGUAAGACCGUACAUUCAAACCA